UGCAGCCGGCGCAACAGGCGGCGGAGGGGGCGCGAGCGGGCGCGCAGCAGGCCCGGGAUGGACAAGCUGAAGAAGGUGCUGAGCGGGCAGGACACCGAGGACCGCGGCGGCCUGUCCGAGGUUGUUGAGGCAUCUUCGUUAAGCUGGGAUACCAGAAUAAAAGGCUUCAUUGCCUGUUUUGCUAUAGGAAUUCUCUGCUCGCUGCUGGGUACUUUUCUGCUCUGGGUGCCGAGGAAGGGACUAUACCUCUUCGCAGUGUUCUAUACUUUUGGUAACAUCGCAUCAAUUGGGAGCACUGUCUUCCUCAUGGGACCGAUGAAACAGCUGAAGCGAAUGUUUGAGCCGACGCGUUUGAUUGCAACUAUCAUGGUGCUGUUGUGUUUUGCACUUACCCUGUGUUCUGCCUUUUGGUGGCAUAAAAAGGGACUUGCUCUCAUCUUCUGCAUUUUGCAGUCUUUGGCCCUGACGUGGUAUAGCCUUUCCUUCAUACCAUUUGCAAGGGACGCUGUGAAGAAGUGUUUUGCUGUGUGUCUUGCAUAACACCCGGCCAGUGUUGGAAAGCUUUGGAAGGCGCUGUGGACGGAAGCUGGUGGGCAGUUUUGUAAAUACCUUCUAAACCUGGCUUACAGGCGUGUGCCUUGUAUCUUGCAGCAGUGUGUUGCUUGCAGUCCAAACAUUUGAGAGUUCCUUUUGGAGGCAGCCAAAUGUGUGUAGCAUAGUAUGAGAGGUGGGUUCUGUAUCCUUUUUUUUUUUUUUUUUGUGAGGAAGACCAGCCCUGAGCUAACAUCCAUGCCAAUCCUCCUCUUUUUUCUGAGGAAGACUGGCCCUGGGCUAACAUCCGUGCCCAUCUUCCUCCACUUUAUAUGGGACGCCGCCACAGCGUGGCUUGACAAGCGGUGUGUCGGUGCGCGCCCAGGAUCUGAACCAGCGAGCCCUGGGCCACCGCAGCAGAGCACACGCACUUAACCACUUGCACCACUGGGCCGGCCCCGGGUUCUGUAUCUUAUGGAGUGUAAUCUUUGUCACGCACCUGUUUCCUCUUUGAAUGGUGUUCCACUGAAUUUUCAUAAAUAAAAGCCUUCUUAAGCAGCAACAGAUAAGCCUCGGGAGCCCGUGAUUCCCAGGUGGCAGCAGGCAGCCCCACUGGACAUGGCAGGGAUGCGACAGUAAAGGACAGUUUGGGCUCUGCAGGGACUUUGUAGACCUGUCCCUCAGCAUGGAGACCAUCACCCCUGCCCCACACAGCGGGGACAUGCUUCUGCGCUGGUGUCUGGGAACGAGUGAUUCUGCCUCCUCACAGCUGCACAUCGGCCUGUAGAGUGAAGUGGAAAAGGAGCCCUUUUUGGUGACCUGUGUCGUUUUUAAUCUGAACCUGGCUCUCUUGCUGUCCUGGUUCCACACUUGAAUGGGGAACCUUCAGCACACACUCUUUUUCUCGUGGGGUCUUCUUUCCUUUCCCCUCCCCCACUUAUCUCUUCUUCUGACCUCCUGGUACUAGAUGGAGAGGAACAAACCAGCGACAGAAAACACUGCUGUUUCCUUUUGGACAAGAGCUGACGGGAGGUGAAAUAUCUUGCUAUUCUUUGCUGUAUUUUUUUCUUCAUUAUUUAUAAAUGUUUCCUUUUAAACCGAUUUUGUUUUCCAUUCUACUGGAGUGGGGCCAGGGGAGGCGGGGUGGGAAGGCAGAGCCUGGCUGUGGGGCAGCAGGAAGUAGGCACGCCCGUCCUGUGACCUUUACACAUCCCAGCUUUUGCCCUUGGGCCUGUGCUGGAAAGACUGGGGGAGACACAAGGGUCUGCAGGGUGGUCGUAGCUCAUCCUGAGGCCUCAUCGCAGACAGAGUGCUUUUGUGUCCACCAUCUUAUCUGGUGCACCCAAGGCCUUGUGACAAAGCAGGGAUUGUUAUCCAGUGUGCAGUCAAGGAAAUCAAGGCUCCGAGAGGUCACCAGAUCCACCUAUAGCCACGGUCGGUGGCAGAACUGAGCCCAGAGCCUGGGGACCCCGGUUUCAGUCUCCUUCAUGACCCCGGGUUUCCCCGUGUGGCUCAGGGGCUCCUCCUGCAACUGUUGUCCCUGUUUUCAUCAGCCAAGCCCGUGCCUUUUCUGAUCCCAGUCUCUAUGUCGCUGCACUGUCUCCCGCCCCGUCUCCCUUUGGGAUGCUUCCUCCUGGAUCUGUAGGGUCCGUAUUGUUCCCUUGUGUUCCUUUCUAGCUCUCCCGUGCUGCCUUCCUGUCGUUAAUGCCCUGUGUUGACCACCAGAGUUCCUGGCGUUGCAGGACCUCCUGAGUCACCCUGCACGUGGAGUCUGGGUUUGCCUUUCUGCUCCUUACCCGAGUCUGGCUGGUCCCCUAUGGCUCUUGUCUGGGACCUCCAAACCACAGGCAGUGGUCCACCAGUUGUCUCCUUGCUUGUGGCUAACUGCUGAAUUCUUUCUCCUGCUGCAGGUGAGACCUCAGACCGGCCAGGCCUUUCUUCUGAGCAGUGGGGGCAUGAACAGGCCUGAUGGGGCCAGAGUGAGGGGCCAGUCUGAUCAGGUCCUUGCUAGGCUCUUGAGGGCAUCCUGUCUUAUGCUGAGGUCCCUAACCUGCCUUCAGCUAGGGAGGGAAAUUAUAUGCUACCCUCUGGCUUUUGUGGGGUUCUUUCACAUCCGAGGUGCCUCUAGGAGAUAGCUCAGACCUCAGAAGGGCUCUAGGAAGAGGCCUGAAGGGGAGGUCAGGAGUGCUCACGAUUCCUUUUCAGAGCUGAUGUGAGGCUAGCCUGGUCACUGUGGGCUCCAGCCAGCCUGGGUAAUAAACCGAAAAGGCUGACCCCUCUGUGCCCUUAUUAAUGGCUGGACUUGACUUUGUGGGACAUGAGGCUGUCGCCAGGGCUGUGUAGCGUAGUGGUAGUGAACAUGGGCUUUGAAGUCAAACAGAUCUGGGUAUGAGUUGUGGCUCAAUCAAGUACUAGUUCGCGAUGAACAAGCUACUUAACCUCUGGUCCUCAGUUUGCCCCUCUGUUUAAAAAUGAUGGGGAUAACAAUUCCUGCUGGAUUGUUGCAGGAUGCCAGUGAGAUAUGUGUCAAGUGCUUGCCACGGGGCCCAGCACAGGUAAAUGAUAUCUUGGUAAACGGUAGGCAUUAUUAUUUAAUCCCAGAAAUAAUGACCUUUGAAGGUGACAGGAUGAAUGUCUCUGACCAUUCAUUUAUAUAAAAAAUAUUUAUGUAGUACUGUGUGUCCAGCACUGUAGGCGUUGCUAUGCAUUAUCUCAUUUAAUAAUUAGAAUAACGUUGCCAGGUGAGUGGUCUUGUGCCCAUUAUUAUAGAGAACAGCAGCCUCAGAGGGUAAGGGGUCGGUGCCGGAUCUCACCAGUAGAGGGCCUCAGUUCUUGCACAAAAGCUCCUGCUGUGCCCUAAACUCAGGCCUGUGGUCAGUUUGCUCAGACAGCUGUAGUCAGGACACUUGGGCAGCCUUUGGAUGAUCCUGCCUUCCAGGGCCGUCCAGACUCCUAAAUUUUUCCUUCUGCUGCCUUAUCCUUUAGUGGCUUCCCCACUUGUUUUUGUCUGCUGGACUGUGGGAGGAAGAACUCCAUAAAAUCUGCUGAAAGCUGUUACCAAGCAACUGUGCUGCUUAAAGCAGCGUAGUGGGUGAGAGGAGGGGUGGAGAAUUAGGGUUUUAGACCCUGUGGCUGGUGGUGGUCUCUGCUCCCCGGUUCCCCUGCCCUCUGUCCUGCCCUGUUCACUGCUGGGUGAAGGAGAGACCAUUGCAUUUUGGGAGUAAAGUGACUCUUUGGCAGAUGGGAAAUGUGCUCACCUGAGGUCAUGCUUCCAACUGGUCAGAGCACUGGCCUGAAGGCUCUUCCCUGGGCUUAUUGGCCCUGUGAUCCUGUACGGGGAGCAGGACCCUCUCCAGAGCAGGAGAGCCAGCAUCCAGUGCUCCUGGCCCCCUCCCGCUCCUCCCACUCUCAGAGGCUGCUCAUUUGAUAUGGACGGUCAGUUUACUAACUUGCCGCCUCCCGUCUCCUGUCUCACUUUCUAGAGUUUCCCCUUUUGCCGAAUGUGCUCAGGCGGACUCUGGUUUUCCAGCUCCUCUGCAUGGCUGUGCCCCUGGCCACUGGUGCUCAGACCUGGCUGGGGGUUCCUUCUCUCCCUCUCACAGACGGGCCUUCCUGUCUCUGGGAAGGAGGAAACACUGUCCCCAGUUUAGGAUUUUCACUGGGUUGGUUAUGUCAGUGCUUGGGGCUUCUUUGCAUCGCUCUUGUAUGGUGACUUUGUGGAUUAUCUACCUGAGUGCCACCUCCCUUCCACCCUAAUCACUGUAUGCUCAGGGAUCGAGAAAUAAAAUCAUGAAAUGCAUCUAAAUAAAAUUGCUUUUGGAUACUUCCAUUAGAAAAGAUAAUUAAGAAGUGGGUCAUACCUUAGUAGAAAAGGUGUGGGGGAUUCUGGUUUGGCUGCUUCUGCUUUUGACAGCUCCAUGAGAGUGACAGGUGUUGCAACACGAGUGGUGAGACUUGGCGGAAUGAAUUAGGAAACUGAACUGCAGCCCUGUGGCUGUGGAUGCCCUUUCCUGUGGGGCAGCCUACACCAGGCCUGCCUUCUCUUCUCUUUCCUCAGGUAUCUUCUGACGAGGGACAGCUGCAGGAUAACAGACGCUUUAAAAUUCACAGCCUGUCCUUAAACCUCAUUUUCAGCAAAUAAAUCAGUGUUUAAGGUUUAUAAAGCCAUUUUGCUAGGUUAUUGGCAUAGUUCUUUUGAUUUUAAAAUGUUUUUUUAAUAACUUUAAUGUGCAGUAGUUUCUUUGCAAAUGGCGUUUUUUAAAAAGCUAAUAGACCUUCAACUGAAGUUAAAUACAGAUUUAUUUCUGUGUAACUCUUGAUAAGAUAUUAACAAAAGAAUUUAGAUUAAGAAGUUUACAUUGUCUGGAAAUUCUUAUUUAAAAAGUUGGUUGGGAGGUUAACUUAUGUGGCUUUAAAGUACCUUAUAAUUCAUAAUUUUAUGAAAUUCUGAGAUCUUGAGAAUUUUUAGUCAAGAGGAAAGUGCAGUUUCUUUGAUCCCAGUUCUCUCAAGAUAGGGUGGUUAGUUCCACUUUUUGGCUAUUUCCAGUUCUACCCCAAAUGCACAGGUGACAGUCCCAAGUCCCUGGUACACUUAGCUUUGCUGUUGGGAGCACAAGUUUCUGUCACAGGGCCUCGCAGAGUGCGAGGGCAGAGCACUCACUGCAGAGGUGUGAGCGGAGCCCCAGGGGGCUGGCAGGAGCUGCAGAGCCUUUGUUCAUGUAAAUUGAGAGAAUAAAAUGACAUCCUUCCUGGCAGGAGCUGAUAAACUGUUAGUGGGCUUAGAAAUGUACAAAAAAUUUCUAUAGACAUGAGCGUUUCUUGAAACCAGGGAACAGUGAGUUCACUAGACAGGAGAAACAUGGCUAUUUGAAAUGAAAGGUCAUCCAUAGCAUUGUAAUAACGCCGUUAAUAGUAAGUAUAUAUCCACAACAAAGUAAUGUCACUACAGUUAAUAAACAGCACCAAAUAUAAAUAUAUAAUGUGUAUGUAUAUCAUGGACAAAGGUCCCCUGAUAUAAAUGGGCUGCCUAAACUUAACGUCCGUGUGAGGCAUCCUGUAAGAGCAAAUGGAGACUGGUAUUUGGGCAGAGUGUUGCUUUCUGCUGUUGAACUUCCUUACUGCAGGGAGAAGUAAUGAGCCUUCUAAGCACAGAUGAACCUUGUGUCUGUGUAAUCUCCUAAAGGACAUCCAUAGUUUACAUUCGAUCUCGUGGUCUUUCUGCUAUGAGAAGUGUUUAUUUUGCCUUUUUCAGUACGUUUGCUUGACUUAGCCUCUUUGAACAAGGAAAGGAAAAAUAAAAAACUCUCUGAACUCUGAGCUUUUGCUGCUUUUGUAAAUUCUGAUUGUGGAGUUGGGGGUGAGGAGGUUCAAAAGCCCCCAGGGAAUUUAUAUGCCUUCAGAACAUUGUGCCUGUUCUAAUAUGAUGAGCUUUUAAAAACCUUUGUUAAAACAUGAAUCAAUUUUUGUAAUUGUAUAGAUACUCAGCUAAUUUCGAAUGCUGCUGAUUGCAUAACUGAAUUUUUUAUAUCCAGAAAUAUAUUCUUGUGUGCUGCUUUUCCUACCUUGAGACUCUCUUUUAUACAAUAAAGAUUGUUUUCUUUUUACUAACUCAUUUCAAAGAGAAAGAAUUUUGCUGGUAGUUACUUUUUUCCCCAAAACAUCACAAAACAAUUCUUGUUUUUGUUGUUGUUGUUUCCUUCUCGAAUAAAUGAUAGCGUUAUGAUCUUUAAUAAAUCUGGUGUUGUUUCUUAUUCACAUUUAUUUUUCCAGGAGUCACUAAGCCAAAUGAAGAUUGUACGACCAGAAGAAAAGACCAUGUCUUUGAUUUGAGUUCUUAACGUGUAACACGUUGGAAGCACUUAAAGAUGUUUUUUGAGCUUAAUUGAUAUAUAAUCCUCUCUUUCUGAUGACUUAGGGGAUAACAUGGGUCUAAGGACAGUUUUGAAAGUUUUCAAAAGUAUGAAAUCUCAAAUGUUUAUUUUGGAAUAUUCCUGCACACCUAUCUGGUUUAGUCACUUUGCGUAAACUAGGUUGUCAAAAUUAAUAUAAAGUUCAUAAUGUUUCCUUAUUCUUUUAAUGUCUGCAGGGUUUGUAGUUAUGGCCCUUCUUUCACUGCUGAUACUUUAAUUCGUGUCUCACUUCUUUAUCUUGAUCCGUCUAGCAUGAGGUUUAUGAUUUGAUUGAUCUUUUCAAAGACAACCUAGUUAAAAAGAUUUGAACAGACAUUUAACAAAAGAUGCGUGAAUCCAUUUAACAAAAGAAAGUAUGUGACUGGCCAACAAGCACAUCUAAUGCAUACUGUAUUAUCAUUAUAUGAAGUUUAAAAAAACCAGAAAACUCAAUUCUAGACUUAAAGAUGCAUUCUUAGGUGGUAAAAUUAUAAUGAAAAGCAAGGAAGUUAUUUGUGUAAAAAUUAGGAUACUGAUUACUUUGGGAGGGAUGGAGAGGUUAGUGAUUGGGAAGGAACAUGGUAUGGAGAGGGACUCUGGGUGCUGGUUGUGUCCUGUUUCUUGAUAAGUGAUACUUACAAGGUGUUCACUCUGAUAGAUCAUGCACUGUGUGUUUUUUGUGUAUGUGCACCUUUGUGAUGUGUUAGAUUUUACAAUAAAAGAACCAGCUUUGGUUUGAUUGAUUUUCA